UCAAAAUGGCCGAAUAUCUUUCUUAUUUCUAGUAUAAUUUAGAAAAGAUUUCCUGACAGGGUUUCCGUUAGUUACUGUACGUGUUAAUAUAGUCUUAAAAACCUAUCAUAGAUAUUGUAAGUAUUGGUUUAUGUUUUUGUUUACUAAACAGCUAAGUCUACCAUGAGUGAAAAUGCUAGUGAUGAUUGCCCUGAAGAAAAGCCGGUUGUUGUGCAUAGUGAAGAUGUUUUAUUCCCGCCUUUCCCAGAUCCAACUGAAGAUGAUUUUGAUGAUGACAUUGCAGAAGAAGAAAGGAAUUAUUAUAAAGAAAAGUACAAAGAUUUAAACAUCAUUAAAACACAAAGAUUACAUUGUACUGCAUGCGAUCGACAUCUAGGAUGUGCGGCACGCAACGAGAGCCGCAUGCGUCCACAUCCUAUGCUCAGAACUCUUGUAUGCCACACAUGUCAUAACUUUUACAAUAGUGGAGAGUUUGAAAAGGGUGAUGAUGGAUCGGAACUCUACUGUCGUUGGUGCGGUCAAGGUGGACAAGUGUACUGCUGUUCUGAUUGCCCUCAUGUGUUUUGUGCGAGAUGUAUCAGAAGAAACUUAGGGACGCCUAAAAUAAAAGAAAUUGAACAAAUGGAUGAUUGGAAAUGUUUCAAAUGCAACUCAAAGUGCCUGUGGGACAUACGAGCUAUGUGUUGGGCAGUACUGCGCUAUUGUGAUCAGAAAAAUAAAAUUGCUUACAACACUCAAGAUCCUGAAAAAAAGGACUUGUAUCAAAAGGAUUGUGCAAUUGACUAUACAGAAUGUUGCAAAAGUAAAAAUAAAAAGAAAGAAAAAAAGAAAGAGCCUGAAAAUACACCCAAAAGAUCUACUGCAUCUAUAAUUUCUAAAAUAUCCCCAGCUAUUCAGGUUAAAAAGUUUGCUUCUAUUGUACCUGAUGAAAAACCUGAUAAAAAGCCACAGAAACGGCCCGCAAGUCCCAAACAAAAACCAAUAUUAAUAAAAAAUGCUAUUCCUGCGUCUGGGCAAAGCAUGGGUCCAACUAUUCCUAAUCAGAAUGUUAAAAAAAUACGGAUGACACCUCCGCCUUUGAUAAGUACUCAAAGAUUCCCAAGUGAGAAAAAAAUGCCCUCCGUUUAUAUUCCCCGCUUCAAAUCUCAAAGACAACCAAUACCAAUUCGUACACACUAUAAUGGCAGCUUCAAUAUUCCCUACACUACUAUUGCAUCAAAUGACAACAUCAACUUGUCAUUGGAUAAUUUGACACAGGGGCUGGACAUGGCAGCUGUAGCAGCAAUGUCCAGUUCUAAUCAAGACGAUGAUGUAGUCUGCACUCCAGAUUUGCCAUUGGAACCAAUGUGCGAGGUUACAGAAGAUAAUGCGGAUGAUGAUGUUCAGUGUAUAACUCCUGGACCGAUCACAGCGCCCAAGGUUACGUCUGUGCCGCCAUUAGUAUCCCGCGCCGGAAACAAUUUGCCAGAAUUAAUUCCAGAAAAUAUUGUUCAGAUGACGGAAUCCGACGUUACUGUAAAUACAGCUACGGGUGGCUUGAAAUUCCGAGUCGAUCCGCAGACUUUAUCAUCCAACAAGAUGUAUCGGCUACCGGACGGCCGCGUGUUUGCGAUCAAUGCGAACCCCGGAUUGCCCGGAGGAUACUCUGCGACCAUCGUAGCGGUUACGGACAAAGCAAAACAAGGGAAAGCUACCACUAAAGGAGCGACGUUCGCGGCCAAACUUAGCGCAGUGACUACGUCGCAGGUCACCACGCCGCCCUCCUCCGUCAAAUCCUGCAGCUCGAGGUCCACACGUUCGAGUAAAAAACGCAAGCCGGAGAUCAUGCACGCAAGAGUUAGUAGCAGCAAAGCGAACAGAAAGUCAGAAACAUCAGUCAGAGAAUGCGAUCUAAACGUACCAAUCGAAUGGUACAGAUACAAUCUGAUUGAUGCCGUUGAUGCUUUGGAGUACUCUUUGUCCCGGCUUCACAAAUUGAAAAGAGAAGCGACGACCGUGUAUUUAAGAACGAGGACUGUUAAUGAAAUGCGAAAUCUACAUAGAACCUUGGAUAGAUUAUUAUUUACAUCAGUGAGUAGAUUUAAUGAAGUGCGACAUAAUGUCAAUAAAGAAAUGAAACAGUACAUUGCAAAGAAAAAGUUCACAGCUAACAAUUCGACCGCUAACGAUACGAGCGAGGAGGAUGACGACGUAGAAAUAUUACCAGAUUUAGACGAGGACGAUGAUGAUCCCAUUUUUAUUGAUGAAAAUUCGUCAGACUCCAAUGAAAAUCAAGAAGUUGAUCUAACGGGGACUAUCAGUGAUAACAGUCCUGAUAAAGCGGCCAACAGAAAGGAUACUGAUCAAUGUCUUGAUAAUGAUGAUUCGAACGUCGUCAAUACUAACGUUGACGUAAGUAACUUCAACGUUGACCUAAAAAACCAUAACUGUAAUGAUGGUGAAGAUGAGGAAGUUAAGAAUGAAGAGACCAGUGCUGAUGUCGACCACUUGAAGAAUGAAAUGAAAGAUAAAGACCUUAAUGGUGAGACGGAUGGUCAGUCCGACUGUAAUACUACUGAACAUAAAGAAGAUGAUCAUAAAAUUAGUGGAGGUGAUGAAGAUUUAAAAAAAAACAGUAGUAGCGAGGGAACGGGCACAUUAGAAGAUACUGACGUAGCUAAUGCUUCGGAACAACUCGAGGAAUCGUAAGUACUUUACAUAUAAAUUCUAGUAUAAAUGUAUUUGAUAAGUAAUUAUAAAAUACAUAGCGAAUUAUUUCUAAGUUUAAUUAAUAUUACAAAUUUCUGAUUGAUUGAUGCGAAGGCUCGUGUUUGAAAUGAGCCUUGGAUUAUUAA